GGUUAGUGGGGGGCGGACAGUCAGCUAGUUGUAUCGAUUGACGCGAGAGCGCGACGCCCAGGGAGUCGUGUUUUGUGUGCAGCACUCAGUUGUUUUCGUACGGCCAGAGAAGAAGGAAGGAAGGAAGGCGAACAGUGAGACGAGCUACUACUACUACUAAUAAAAGAAGGAGUCCGAGGAACGAACGAUAUUGUGUUUGUUGUUUGUUUGCUGCUGGUCUCUGUGAGUUUCCACAACGAAUUCCCAAAGGAGCUGGACGACACCUCGAGUUGGACGACGAGGAGAGCAGAUUGAGCACCAUCCGGUCUAUACGAUACGCGGGGCCGAGUCCCCCCCAUAUGUUUGGAGGAGCGCCACCAUUUUGUUGUGAGUCCUUUGUUUUGUACACUCGCGCCUCCAUCUUGUGUUGUUUAUCAAAACGGAUAGAAGCGAAGAAGAAGAAGAAGAUAAAAACGCACACGCGAUUGUUAACUGCGAUCCGCACGGAACCGGAAGUGGGUCCAUCUGGUAGCAGAUCCAUCCUCCAACCCAACCCCCCCUGGAGAAGAGAACGACCUCUGUGAUACUCUGUUUUUAAUUUUCGUUUCUGUUUUUAAACAUUGAUUUGUGUAUAUAUAUACAUACAUAUAUAUAUUGUGGAAUAUCAAUCGAAAAGCAGUUUUACAAGUAAAGCAGUAUACCGAUCGAAGAUGGCCAGGAGCAACCUUGAAUUGAGUAGGGGUUUGAGGCAUCGGAGCACCAGCAUCCGGCACGGAUCCAGCCCGAAGCACUUCAAGAGCAUCUCCAGCGGAGAUGCGAGCCCGCAGCAUCAGGGCGGCAGCAGCCCGUCGACGAGUCCCAGGACUUCUCCGGGUCUGCUCGCAGGUCAUUACGCGGGCUGCAAGUUCACCGAGCCGCCCCUGCCUUCGGCGCUACCGCCGCCUCCCCAGCACUGGAUGCAGGCUCCUCACCACGGCGCCGUCUUCCAUCAUCAGACGAUCGCUUUCGUCAAGCAGGAGCCUGAACAGUUGGCCCACCAGCUCAAGAUCCUGCUCAAGGUGCAGGCCUGAUUGGACGAUGAUGAUGAUGAUGAUGUUGACGCUGUAUUAAUAAAUCUAAGUCGGUGAUUUUUAGAGGUGGCGAGUGAACACGACAAUAUAAACGAUAACAUUGCGACGAGAGAAAAAGAAAGAGUAAGAGAGCAAAACGAUUUUAUUUUUUAUCCGAGCUCUUCACGAAGAAAUCUUGUUGUCCUGUUCAGCCGCAACUGUGAUAUUAUUACGAAACAAAACAAAGAAAGAAAUAAGAAACUUUGAUCAAAGUGAGUGGACGAUCCAGUAACCGUAGUUUUUAUUAACACUUAAGUACUAUAUUUCUAUAUGAAUGUGAUUUCGUUGAUUAUGAUUUAUAUAUAUUUUUUUUUAUUAUUAUUUUGUAACCAUUAACUAUUCGUACAAAGCAAGGCGAGGGAGAAAUUCGAGUGCAAAUCCACAAAACGGCUCUCUCGCAAAAGCAAAACAAAAAAAAAACUAUAGAAAACGCAAACCCCGCGACACGACACCAUCCCGUUUUUGUUCUUUAUAUUAGAGUCUACGACUGAGCAAGUCAAGUAAACAAAACAAAAAAAAAA